CAGAAUCCCAGUCCAGUCCAGCCUUUUGGUGCUUGAUCUCUACUUAUUGUUUUGCAGCUUCGUAUCUCUCAGCUGGUCUGUUCGCCUUCAUAGUCAGUCAUUCUUUUGACCCUCAGUCGUUCAUUACAAAAGCACGGUCACUACCACAACUUUUUACCACCUUUCACAAAAUCCUUCGAGGCUCUCGAAAGACAGACACAUACUCGGUCCCUCUAAUCGCACAAAGAUGCAUUCCUUCAUUGCUCCCCUUAUGGUUGUCGGCCUCGCCAGCCUCGCGCAAGCCUUCACCAAACCCACCAACGCCACCUGGGGCCCACUGCUUUUGCCUGACACGACUCACCCCGUUACCCAAGGGGAGACCUUCAAAGUAACUUGGGACCCAGAGAGCCACCCCACCGACGAUGUGACAGUCUCUCUCGUCCUCUGCCACGGUCCGUCGACAAACUGCGUGCAGUCAGACAGCGCCCUUGCGUCCGGCAUUCCAGCCAGCUCAAAGUCCUUCUCUUGGGAUGUCCCUUGCGACCUGGCUCCCGGCACUCAGAGCACCUCGACAGGUUACGGCAUGCUGAUCAUCGUCGACGGCACCGGUGAAUUCCAGUACUCAACCCAAUUCUCCGUCCUCGAGGGCAAGACAUGUUCGAAAUCUAGCUCUGGCUCCUCCAACAGCACCAGCCCAAGCAGCACCGUUACCAACAGCGGCGGAUCCGUGGUCAUCUUGCCACCUACCCAGCAAACUGGUUCGGCGCACUCAGGCUCCAACGGCACCACCACCGGCUCCGGCCCGAACUGGGGUGGUUCAGCCAUCUCGAUGCCAACCACCACUGCGACUGACAUGACCAGCAUGGUCUCCGUAACCUUCAGCAGCGGCUACAUUGUCAGCGAGACAGCCACCAUCACAUCCGCACCUACAGGCGCCACUGCUGCAAGCGCCACCACAGGAAGUGCACCGGCCUCCACCUUCACUGGUGCCGCGGCACAACUCGCACUCAAUGGCGCCGGUAUGGCUUUGGCCGGUGCCGCCGCCUUCUUCGUCUUGUAAACGCUUCCACACCUUGGGACAGUUCGCCCAUCAUGGAAAUAACAGUGGGGUGGUGUUUUAGUAUGUGUGCAUGUCAAGCCUUGAGGUGUUGGAUGAGUAGCAAGGAGAGAGUGUGAUUUAGUAUUCAAUAUCAUCAUUUGACAAUGUGAUCCUGCGAUCUGUUAUAAGGCCUAGGCACCCAUAGCGUGCGCUGCUCCCAUGCAAGGUGAAGCUAAGGCCCUUGAGCCCGGGUGUCUCAUGAGCGUGAAACAUGGACCUC